GGACGGGGCCCCCACCCGGCUCGCAGCUCGCCUGGCCGGACCCGAUCGCCUCUCGGCUCUCGGCCCGCCCGGGGUCCACUGCCGCUCUCCCGCUCGGUGCCGGCUGGGGGCGCUGCCUUGUCCUCCCGCUGCCCUAAUCCGGAGCGGGAGCCUCGGCCGCCGCCAGGCGCAGCCUCCGCCUGCCUGCGUGGCUCUGUGGACAAGACUAACCGAGCCUUCUUUGGUGGAGAUGGGGUCGCCUUGACUGGAAACCAUUUGCAAACCCAAGUACCUUCACAGAAGGAUUUCCUGCCCAAUAUUCAUCCCCUUGACCAGCACCACAGACGGGGUUGUUGCCUGAUUGCUGUACGUAGAAAUGGUGUCUUUGCUAACUUCCAGAGGUGUAUACGUUUCAGAGGUACUUGGGAGGCCAGGGAGAUGCUGGAGAAGCAUUGUUCUUUAUACUUUAGCAGCCAGGAGCCAUGGAGGCAGGAAGCAAUGUGCUGUACGUGGAGUUCCCCAACUUUGGUAACAACCUGCUGGAGAGCCUGAACCAGCAGCGGAUGGAGGGCAAGUUCUGCGACAUCUCCAUCCACGUGCAAGGCAAGGUGUUCAAGGCUCACCGGGCGGUGCUGGCUGCCUCCUCGCCCUACUUCCACGACCAGGUGCUGUUCCGCAAUGCCAGCCGCCUGGUGCUGCCAGGAGUGAUGGACUCGCGGGCCUUUGAGAGCAUCCUGGCCUCCUGCUACGCCGGCCGGCUGGCGGUGCUGCCGGCCGACAUCGUCAGCUACCUGACGGUGGGAAGCUUCCUGCAGAUGUGGCACGUGGUGGACAAGUGCACGGAGCUGCUGCGGGAGAGCCAGCCGCCGACGCCCACCCCCACGCCCAGCUGCCAGCGCCCCUGCCGCCCCGCCGACAGCCAGUCGCCCAGCAGCAGCAACUACUUCAGCCCCCGCGAGGCGGCGGAGGCCAGGCCUGAGGCUGAGGAGGUGACCAUUAAGGUGGAUGACGGGGCGGAGGGAGGGGAGGAGGAGGAGGAAGAUGAGGACGAGGAGGAGGUGGAGGAUGAGGAGGAGGAGGAGGACGAGGUGGACAAAGCCAAGGAGCUGGAGCAGAAGGUCACCAGCAACCAGGGAGCAGAGGGGACGGGGGAAGGAGGGCUGGCUGACAGCCUCUUCCAGCCGCCGGCCGGCCCAGCACAGCCGCCGCCCUCACGCUGGGUCCUGGUCAAGAAGGAGAAGCCGGAGGAGGACCUGGUGCUGACCUGCGAGGAGGAUGAGCACCAUUUCGUGAAGACGGCGGGCUGCCGGCGGGCCGAGCCCCAGCCGCUCAGCAUCAGCGACGUCUGCACCCUGGCCGGACCUGAGCUGCUGGCUGCCGCUGAGGAGCCUUCCUUCGAGGAGCCGGGUGACCUCUGUGGCUCCUCCGAGGAGUUCACCUACGAAGGAACGGAUGGGGGCAGCCCCCGGGGCGGAGGAGGUGACGGAGGCGGUGGAGGAGGAGGUGGCGGAGGCCGCUGCUCUCGGCCGGGUGCCGGGGGCCCGCCUGGGGGCUGCUGGCCCCAGGGCGACACUCGGCACGGUGCGGCCGGGGGCGGAGGGGGAGCGGGGUCCGGGGGCAAGAUGUUUGCCUGUCACUGUGGCAAGGCGUUCACCCACCGGAGCCAGCGUGACCGGCACAUCAACAUGCACCUCAACUUGCGGCCCUUCGGCUGCACCAUCUGCGGCAAGAAGUUCAAGAUGAAGCACCACCUGGUGGAGCACAUGAAGAUCCACACCGGCCUCAAGCCCUUUGAGUGCCACGUCUGCGGCAAGAAGUUCAUGUGGCGGGACAGUUUCCUGCGGCACCGGGCCGCCUGUGAGAAACUACAGCGGGCCACCGCCCUCCCAUAAAAGCGGGAGGCCGUCCCUCCCCUCACCUCCCUCCCACCAUGAGAGAGGGUCUUCCAUUUCCUCCCACCCUGCCCCAUUCCACCCAGUCAUUGUAAAGAAGACCCCCUCACCUCACUGCUCCCCUCCUUGUCCGCUGGGCGUGGCGAGGAGGGGAUGGCGAGUUGGGUGUUGUUUGAGCUGGCUCAGCCCCCUGGAUGGCCAGUUCCCUUGGUUUCCUGGUGACGGUCAGCAUCUGCUGACACUCCAGCCUGCCUGAAUCGGGGGCUGGUUGUGGACAGGAGAGGUUGGUGUACAGAGAGUGGGAACAGAAACAGCAAACUGUGAAGAUUCAGCAGGUCAGGCAGCGGCUGUAGUAGCCGAGCUACAUGGUGAUGACCCUCCACUGGAAAUGACAACUGCCCCUCUGCCUUUACAGAUGCUGCCUGACCCACUGAGACUUGGCAGCUUGUCUUAUUUUUGUUGAUGGUGUAGCUGUCGAUCCAAUCACUGCCACAGUACAUUUUGGAUUCGGUGUAGAGGAUGUCAAUGCCGUGGUUUCAUUAGUCGCUCCCCCAAAAUGUUAGGCAUUUGGAGAGAGUGAAGGAAGCUCCUCCUGCCAUUGUUUCUUACAGUUUUAUCUCCCGUUACCAUUAAAGACCACUUUCAGGGCUAAAAGCGUUAUGGGAUUGACUGGGCAGCUCUUUCAGGGAGCUGACACAGCUGGAAUGGGCCAAAUGGCCUCCCUGGCUGCUGUGUUAUUCUUUUGGAAGGCUUUCUACCUGAGCUACUCAUGGAAAAGCUGAUUUGGCAUGUGUUUUAACACACAAAAUGCUGGAGGAACUUAGUAGGUCAGGCAGCAUCUAUGGAGAGGAGUAAAGGGUUAAUAGUUUGAGCCAAGCCCUUUUAUGAGCACUGGAAAGGAAGGGGUAAGAUACCAGAAUAAGGUGGGGGGAGGGGAAGGAGUACAAACUGGAAGGUAAUAGCUGAAGCCACGGUCCAUUCUCUCAGGUGCCUUUUUUGGCAGUUUACCUUUCUACCUAUCACCUCCCACCUUCUUGCAUUAUCCCCCUCCCUCGCUCCUCUAUUUCCCUCUCACUUGGCUUCACUUAUCACAUUCCAGCUUGUACUCCUCCCCUUCCCUUCUUAUUCUGGGUUCUGCCCUUCCUUUCCAGUACUGACGAAGGGUCUCGGCCCAACACACCAACUUUUUAUUCCCUCCACAGAUGCUGCCUGCUUUGCUGUGUCCCUCAAACAUUUUGUGUGUGUGUGUGUGUUACCCUGGAUUUCCAGUAUCUGCAGAACAUCUUGUGUUUGGAAUGCAGUUUUAUAUCCAACAAUGUUUACUGUCAGGUCAGGCUGGCAUUGUCUCGUUCUCCGGAGGUGGAUGGGUUAUUAUUGCUUUCAUUGUGUCUUUGGUUUCUUCUUCCACCAACUCUUCCCAUAGCUUUAACACAGUAGAUAAAUUAAUCUGUCUGCAAAAACAACAGCUUUCCUAUCUACUUUGUAAAGGUACUGUCAUUUAUAGAUGCUCUGCUUUCAUGAGGUGACUGACUGAGGGCCUGAAACUGCAGCUUCUGGUGCUCCAUCUGUCAGUGUUACCCAUUGCUGCCUUUCUCUGUGGGGGCCAUUUUCCAGAUGUUUGCUGAACCAUUGUUUGGUCAGACGUGUUCACCAACAUGAUCAGACUGACAGGCGUGGCAUUACAUGUUGAAGGAAUGUAAAAUAUUGCUGGUUAUAUUAAUCAGUAAUUGAAAAUACCUAUUUUUAUUCCCCUCAGUCAUACUCUCACAGAUUGCAAUUCCCAUCCUCAGAGGAAGCGUUGGGAUUCCUGACUUCUGAGUUAGUCGGAUAUCUGGGAACUAAGCCACCUGUUGUAGAAUUCGGAGCAAGAAACAAGCCUCUGGUAGAGCCCCAUGGGUCAGGGAGGAAAAUGGAUAGUCAGUGUCCUAUCCCGAUGAAGGGUCUCGAUCCAAAGCACAAUUGUCGGUUUUUCUCUACAGAUGUUGCCCGACCCGCAGAGUUGUUCCUCUGCCAUUCUGUUUCUUGCACCGGAAAGUUAAUGGCAGUUCACACCAAAUGACUUGUAUUUGUGCUUCUGUUAGGGCACCGUCAACCUUCAGGGAACUUAGAGACCGUCUUUGUGUGCUUUGACACAUGCGCAUUUGCCAAUAUCCACACUAGCACCCUGGAUCAUGGAGAAACAGAGGAACUGUGAUCUACAUCACUUGGCAGAGAGAAUGAACGGGAAUUAAGGCCUUACAGGACGAUUAACUGCUGUACACACAUUACAGAAAGCACUGAAGCCUCCACUGCCUAUGACCUGCACAUGAGUAUAACUUCAAAAUGUACGUUUGAGAAGGAAACACUUUCAAGGUUCUGGCAGAAGGAUUAGACAGUUCUUUCUAAAAGACUACUGGGCCAACUUAGUUUUAUGGCCUCCCUACGCUUUUGAAUUGUGGAAUGGAUUGACAGGAUUUCAAAUGCGAGGUUUGGUUUUUGCAGUUCUUACCGGAGUGAUAGUUUGACUUUAGAAUUUGCUCUAGAAAAAUUGUUUAAACCUAUUAUGCAGUUUUGUGUACUUAGGUGUGUGUGAGAGACUGUGUGUUUAUGUAUGUCUAUAUUUAUAUUGUUAUACAGCAAAGAAAUAGGCUAUCUGGCCUUUAAAAACGCCUAUCAAGUUUCUAUCCCUUCAUGUUCUGUUCUUUUGAAAGCAUCUAAUCUCUGUCACAUCCACUUCCAGUAACGGUGAAUUCCAUAUCCUGACCACUUUCCCUUAAUUUUGGGUUGGAUAUCACCAGCCACCAGUUUGGGAUUCAGUCACUGGUGGGAACGUACCACGUCUGUUGCAACUCAGUCAGAAUUUGGAAGACACUGAUCUGGUCACUGCUCUCUCUCUUUUUCUAAAGAGUAAAGUACCAGCCAUUUCUCAUCACUCUAAAAUUUUCAGCAUUAUUGUUGCAUGUUUUUGAAAAUAUGUUCUUGCUGUUUUGCUGUCCUUUCUGAAGUGAAGACUACCAUGAUCCUUUACAAGUUUAACAUAACUUCUGAAUUUCCUUGGUUUGCACGUUUAAUUGUUUGGCUGACUUUGGCGUAGUUUUUAAUAGCUGGUCCUGUUGUAUCCUCUCUGUUCUUCUGCCCUGCUCAGUUUUAUUUUCUACAGAGACGGUGAUGUUUUCUCUUCCAAAGUUCACAUCCUCAUAUUUAAAUGUUUAUUUUCUUCAUCGCUGGUAUCCAGGUUUUCUGCGUGUGUUGUGCGCAUUGAAUUGCAGAAUGUAAAACAGGGUAAAUGUCUACAUUUGUAUGUGUGUUUAUGUAGAUAUCAAUAGAAGUGUACAUAUAUAUUGUGCGUUUGUGGAUAAAGGUGUAAAUAUGCAUAAUGUGCAAACUAAAAUGUUGUGUAUUUGUGAAGCCAAACACUAAAUGGCCAGAAGAGAUUGUAUCGGAGAAGUUAUUUGGACUAUUUUUACUCUGAUAGUAAGCCAAGAAAUCUGAGCUCUGAUCUCUGAUCGGUGUGGCUUGGCUAGGGCAGGGUCAGUUGCCAUAAUCAGGCAGGGUCCUCUGGGGCUAUAUAUGUUGGUCGCGCUUUCCACAUGCGGUCACUAUCAGGGGUUCCUACUGAUAGGUGCUGGUGUGGAGAUAUUAGGGGCAUUUCACGUCUAACCCCUCUGUGGCAACUCUCAAGGUGAGGAAGCCCACCCAUUCCACACCCCCAUUACUCUGGGCUCGUGUUAUGAAGUGACUAGAGUACUUGGUCUUUGUGUUGUCUGAAUCCUUGGAAGGCCACCCUGUGAUGCUUAGAGCUGGUCUCUAUGGUGAGGUCAGUAAGUAAUGACAGUGGAAAAUUGUGGCUUGAUUCAGUAGGGGUGAGGGGGGGGGGACAUCCUGGGGGACCUCCAGUGUCACAGGAUGGAUGGGAACUGAAGUUCUGGCAUCCUUAUUAAGCAGGAUUGGAAAGGCUUCGUGUUUACAGAAGAGGGGAGCAACUCAUGGUCUCUGGAAUCAGGCAUUCAUGGUAUCCACUACCCGUUGUAGCACAACUGAACGUGGAUCUUGUGCACUGCUGAUCUUGAUUUAACCUGAGAGUUUAGUGGUGGUGAACGCACUCUGUGUCUCACCAUUGUUUGUAUGUGUGCGACACACCAGGCACAGUGGGGAACUUGUCAUAGUGUGACUACUUCAUGACAGUGGGACUGGGAUACGGGAUGAAGGUAACCCCAAAUCGCAAUGGGUCAGGUUCUCCACAUUGUCGACCCAUUAGACUGGCUGGGAAAUUUCAAUUAAUUCACUGCUCUUUAUCUAGAAUGUAAAGUGCAUUAAGCAUGGAGGUGCAGUGGCUCAGCGGGUAGAACCGCUGCCUCACAAGCUCUAGAGUCUCAGAUUCAAUCCUGACCAACAUUAUCUGUGUGGAGUUUGCACCUUCUCCCUGGUGCUCCAGUUUCCUCCCACAUCCCAUCCCCAUGUGCUUUGGUGGGUUAAGUGGCUGCUGGGAAUUGUCUACUCACGUGUAAGGUGAUGAGUAGAAUUUCUGGUCUGUGGAAGUCGAUGGGAAUGUAGGGAGAAUAAAAUGGGAUCUGUGUGAAUGGGUAUUUAGUGGAAGGGACUUGAUGGGCCAAACAGCCUGUUUCUAUGCUGCAUGACUGCCUCAAACUGACUCACUCAUGUUCUCUAUGUCCGAUUGGCACAGGUGAUUGACUUGUAUCUGCCCUUUGAAAUGCCCCAGCAAGGCUUAUCCCAACACUAGCAUCUAUUCAGGAUCCGUUGUGAGUACUGUUUGUGGAUUACCACUGUGUGAUACUGCAGUCACAUUGAGUAGUGUCUGUGCACUAUCACUAUGGUUACAUUGAGUACUGUCUGCAGUAUCACCAUGGUUACAGUGAGUAGUGUCUGUGCACUAUCACUAUGGUCACAGUGAGUAGUGUCUGUGCACCAUCACCAUAGUCACAGUGAAGAGUGUCUACACUAUCACCGUGUGACACCAGCCACAGUGAGUAGUGUCUGCACUAUCACCGUGUGACACCAGUCACAGUAAGUAGUGUCUGUGUGACACUGUAGUCAAAGUGUGAAUACUUGCUGAUGACCACCACCAUUUGCCAUUUUAGUCACAGUGUGAGAUGAGGCCAUAUUGUGAUCUAACUGUGCCCUGACCCUGUGCUGGUUACUGAUGACCCUUUGACAUACCACUGUUAGUAAUCAUUGUUCUAAUCCCAGCCAUGUCAGUGUGUGAGUGUGUCCUAGUAACAUCCUGUAGUCCACCAUGACGAGCUACAGUAUUGUGUUGUAACAUAAUAGGUAUUGUCAGCUGUGGGUGGAGGGAGACAUGUUUCCAACAAGUGACAUUAUUGUUGAUUACUUAGUGCCUAUUUGGAACCCAAAAAUAAGUAAGGUUGUAAGACAACUAGAAAUGGACCUUUUUAGUUAGCGGUGUAAUUGCCUGCGUAUAAAUUAAUUAUUAGCUUUGUUGUAAUAUCUUAGUACUCAAACUGGAUUUGUACAAAGUUUUUAAAAUAAAUUGAAAUAUGGUUAUAUUGCUUGUGAUGGAAAUAUUAAAUAAAAAUGUGAGCAGCCUGUUUUAAAA